UGUUGCCUCUGAGUGAAAUUCCCUCUCAUAUUUUUGGGAUUUUUAGUGAUUUUGUCAACGCAGGCUAUGCAGACAGACGUGAUGUGAUGCUGUGACCACGUUGGCGGUAUGGGGUCAGCCCCAUCAGAGAUUCACAAGUACCUACUUCUUCUAGACCUUCUCAAGUCACAACAUGUUCCAUUUGUAAACACUCAUACAGUUGUCAUUCAGAGAGGCUCCUCUGGAAAACUCGGAAUCAAACUCAAAGUUCAGAACAUCGGUGAGUCGGACACGUUCUGUAUUGUGACAGAGGUGAAGCCGGUGUGUCGCCUCGUGAGUGGCUCUCAUCUGACCCAGUUUGAGUGUGUGGUCAGUAUAAACGGGAAUGACGUGCGCGGACUGACAGAAGACCAGGUGUUUGGUCUUAUAGACUCAAUCCAAGAUUACACAAUUACACUAGUCGUCUGUGAUGUGUUAAAAAACAACAAAAGAACUCGAUCUCAGCUGUCAAACUCGAGCGAGUCAUCCAACUCCAUGGAAGUCAGGAAGAAAAUCAGCGGUAUGAGGAGGAUGAUCAAGUCCAACAGUGUGGAGAACGAUGAGAAAGAAUCCAGCGAGCAUGACUCACUACUCGCAGGAGAACAGCGAGUAGGCUCACAGGUAGACCAACACUUCAACACGGCCAGUUGUUAUGAGGAAAGAGUGUGCUCAGUGCCAGUAAUGACAGAACGACACCCUGUGGAAGAGGAACAUUAUCACUCGAUGCCUGUGGGCUCGGGGGUCUGCAAAGAAUGUAAAAACAACAACUGUACUGGACACAAUCAUGUGAAUCUAACCAAUAAAGGGGGUAACUCUUGGGCAAAGUCAGUGGGCUUUGUGGGGAGCUAUGAGGACUUGUUUAAGUACCCUCAUCGUGUGAAGUGGGACUGCUUAACUAAAGCUGUGGACUUAAAAACGUCAUCUCAAGGAAAGUUCGGGUUCUCUUACAAAGUCAAGGAAUUCAAAAAUAAUGCAGAUGAUUGGUACACACUGGUGACGUCUGUUACAGAAGAUGGUCCAGCAGAUGGCAAGUUAAUGGUGGGUGACUGGAUACGCUCUAUUGACGGUCAUGCUCUGGCGAACCCUAAAGAGGCACUGUUCCUGGAGAAGAAGCUGGAGAGACUGAGGGAAGUUAAGGUAGUGUUCCAGCGACCAGAGGGAAUGUUACCUCGACACAAGUCAUUCCAAACUGGCCACCGCCCCGAUAUUGUGGAGCCCAACCCCCCACAUUCCCCAAUCUCAGCCCCCACUAUGUUAACUGACAUCACUGGACAGCCGGUCAAAUCUAAUGUCCCCCUCCCUGGGAGCUGUUCCCCCGUAAAUGCUAAGGUCGGGGGUCGGUCUGAUGGUUACAUACAUCAGCCCAGUACAAUGUCCAAGUCUUCUGUGUCAUCAACCUUUAGCUCCGGUAGCUGUGAACCGAGACAAGUGAAACCUAAACAGGGCCCCAGUACUCUAGAUCCUAGUAGCCGGUUUACAAUCCGACCCAUUUCACCUGGUGCUAAGGUGGAGCAUGUCCAGAUUUUCGUUCCCGGUUUGCAGUCAGCUGAUGGUACAUCAGGUGGACUUGACGAUUUCCAGAUGAAAGUGAAGUUUCCCAAAGUGAGGAUUUUUAUCUGUGGCACUAAUGCCAGACAGUUGUCGCAGUUACUUUUACCCAACUUCCUGUUACCCACAGACAAUACAGUGAGGCUCUUUGACCGAGUGUUUGCAACCAUGGCGAUGGAGAGGUCAGGAGAGGUCGGAUUUGAACCGUGGUCUCAGUAUGACCGACUCCUACAGAUAGAUGAGCGAGCCAGGCACGCAAGUAAUGAUUCCCUUAACCAAUGUGAUACAAGUGACAGAUCCUACCCCAGCAGUGUGGGCUGUGGAGCUAUUAACACAGAGAUCUUUAUUGUGUAUGAUGAGAAAUUCUUCCUUCAGUGCUGUCAGUAUUUAUUCACUAGGACCAGUGUAUUUCUGUUGAGUUUUGAUGGUGAUAAAAUGUUAAAGUCCCCUCCCUGUGAAAUUCACCGAUUACAGAACACAAUACACACAAUUCGUGGAGCAGUAGGGUACGAAUGUCCCAUUCAAACUUAUGGACUUCUAGGAGUAGAUUCAUCUGACAUUGCAUCCACCGCCACCAUUGAUGAAGUCCGCACCUUAUUCUACACUUCUCAUGGAAAUCAGAUUGUGAAAUAUAACGUUCCAAGACAUCCACAUUUGUUCCACAUGGCUAACGGAGCACGACCAAAUGUGGAGGUACAGACAAGUGUGUGGAGAUUUAUCAGUGAGAUUCAGGAGAAACAGUAUAUCCUGCUCAUCUCCAUGGCAAUGAUCCACCAAUUAGAACAGAGGAGACAGAAUGACGUGGCGUGCAUCGAUGAGGAUGAUUUUACGGCAACUUUCCAGGAGACAGUACCAGGGGCGGAUCUAGGAAUCAGACAGGUGGUGUGGACUGAGUUACUGGAGUUUGGAGAAAUCUUGUCUACUAAGGCAGCCUUGUUACCUGUAUCCAGCAUCAGCCAGUUAGACAAACUUCUCUUUAUAAGACCUGAUAUCCUAUUGGACAGAAUCCACCAACUACAGACAAUCUCUCCAAGAAUCAUCCAAUCAAAUGAGGCAAUCAAACAAAUCUGGCUCAAACUCAUUGCUUCAGGAUUUUUCCUGCAGUCUGAUUGGUCAGAAAUAUGUCCUCAGACUGACCUAUAUUCCAUGUCGAGUAUGAAGCUACAGCUCAGUCCAGACAAGGUCCUGCUCUUACUACAAGCUUUUGGUUUGAUCUUCAGGCAAGAGGCAAUUGAUGGCAGCCACUAUUUUAUUCCAUGUUUCAUUCCUGAGCCAGUGUAUUCAGAGAAGACCUUCGAGUACACAACAGGAAGUCUGUAUUUUCAGCUCCGAGGAAACCCCCCACACAUAUCCAGCAUGAUCUAUUUUCAUCUCGUGUUCCGACUGAACAAUGCCAGUGAUGCCCGCUCUCUGGUGGUGACCAAUAGCAUCACCUGUGUGAUCCACCACGCGGGGUACGAAAUCACACUGAUCCACGAGAAACUCCGAGACAGGAUUCAGAUUCAGCUUAAUAGACUAGAGAAAAAUGUAAGACUGCAUGCGGUAUUAGACUGGCUGACUGAAAUAUGCAAAUCAAGCCUGGGGUCAGAGGUCAAAUAUGUGUUAGGUCCAGCCUGCCCUCUACAGGAGAAGUGUAGCUAUGCACAACACACACGGAAAAACUCAGAGGAACUACAUGUUUUAGACCUUGCCGAGGGGCUUCCCAUCUUUUGUGGCAACAUUAAGGUGGACAACCAGGUCAAGGUCUGGCUCAAGCCCUCAAAGAAGCAGCAGUCUGGUCGCCAUGAACUACUUCCCCACCAGGACACAGAAACGGGGUCAAACGAGAGCUAUAAGUCUUUUGAGACCCCUGGACCUGCCCCCUUGUACAUCAAGUCUCUCCCCUACCACGUGUUUAGGGACGUCUACGAGAACCUUCAGAUUAAUGUACAGAAGGACUGGAGAUGUCUCGCAGGGUUGCUCGGGUUCACUGUAGAAGAAAUCUUGGUGUAUGAAACAAAAUCGGAGCCGGCUAAAAUGCUGCUGUUGGACCUGGACCAGACUCAGAGGAUGACAGUUAAACAGUUGGUGGACGUCCUCGCUAAACCAGAGAUGCAGCGGCAGGACAUCAUUGAAAAACUCUCAAAGUUCCUCAAUGGAGUGUAAACAAACUGGAGGUUCAGAUUGAUAGGAGUCAAAUUUUCAGUAUUGUCAGUAUUUUUUUUUUUCGUUUGUUUAAAUGAUGGGGUGACAAUUUGAUUAAUUUUUAUGCAAGUUUGGAAGUCUGCAGCCAAACAUUUAGAAUGUGAAUUGUUUCCCUUACAAAUCAGACCAAACAUGUACAUGUACAUAUUUCUUUGUCCCUUAUGAAAUUUCACUUAUUGUUAUUUAAUAUCAAACUUUCCUGUGGUGCCAUUAGAUUAUUUAAAGAUUUUAUCUUAUUGGCUCUGUUGUACUGGCUCUUGGGUGUUUAGUGAUAUUCAUAAGGUCAAAGUACCUUAUGUGUGUAUAGGAAGGCAUCAUGGUUUGAUUUCAGGUUUCUUGUGAUUGUGGGGAUUGCAAAUAAUUGAUCAUUACAUCUUUGUUAUUAUAUUUUUGACACUUUCUUAUGACUUUACUAAUUUGUUUAUGUAACUGUUGUCAUUGUAGUUUUUAGAAAAAUUACUUUGUUACAAAAACAUUUAAUUCAGAACCCAUUUAUUCCAUGGCUAUACAUUCCAAGCAUGACUGUUAAGAAAACAGAAAAGAAAUUAUUUAUUUUUAUAUCAAUUUUUCAAUUUGUUGCAGUAGUUAAUCAGUCCUCUCUUAAUUCAAACAUUCUGACCUGAAUGAUUAUCUGCAAGAUCAUGAAGGACCACACAUUUACACAUAGGCAUAUUAUGUAUUUUAUACUAUUUAAAAUGUAAGAACUUUCUAGGCUUUUCAGGAAAAACUUAAGUAUAUAGGUAUAGAAUUCCCAGAGCUAGGUUUAUAUAUUUUUGAUACUCUGAGUGUUUUUUUAGUUCUUGUACAAUGUAGCUUUACAUAUUGUUUCAGAUGUUUAUAUAUAGCCAAGACACACAUUGUGUGUAGGUAUAUAAUAGUUCUGAAUUAUUCUCUGUUUGUAUCAUGACUUAGUCAUGUAAUUUAAACUAUGCAGUCCAAUUUUGAAUGUUUGGACUUAUAUUGAUCCAACUUGUCCAAGUACUGUUAAUUUAUGAAAUGUUAGUCCGAUCUUGUAACAAUAAUCUAUAACAACUUUACACUUUCACACCUUUCUCUGAUAAGACUAAUACUAUACGAUAAGCUAACAAACAUUCCAUCUUGAUUUUGAUACAAUCAAAUCAGCUCAUUUUUUUUAAAGAGAAUUCCACUCAGGAAGGGUUUUUUUAGUGUGAUAUUAUCUUCAAGACAAUCAACAUUGAAUUCAUUUGAAAAUGUUUUAUCAUAUUUAGAUUAAUUUUCUCAUCGUUAAAAUGAUUUUAACAUAAUUUAUGACAAUAUAGCAUAGAUGUUGCAGCAUUGUUGCUCCACUAUAUCAAUACACAAGGGUAUUUUUUAAUUUUUUUAUUGGGGGAGGGAGGGGGGCUAUGAAGCUUCUAAAUGAGACAAAGCUUCCGAAUCUCCUAUAUAUCUCUGCUUUGUACAUUAGUCAUGUAGGCACUCUGAUAAAAUCCACCAUUCAUUAGGUCUGCUUUUGGAUUUGCAUAAUCAAUAAUUAAUAAAAUAUUUGAGUUAACAGAUUUUUCCCUCACCUUAAGUUGAGCUAAUGCUAUAUCUAAGGCCUCGUGUCAUGCAGUGCUAAGGUUUUAGGAGCAAAUCUCUCUCCAAGUAGUUAAAACCCCUAUUGUGACCAAUUUUUCAUUGAAGAUGCACCGAGGGAUGCACACUACCAGAUUUGCUUUUAGAUGCUGCAUCUGGCCGACUAAUUCUGGACAACUGAGCAGGUUAUAGUUUUUGAAGCAGGUCCAUUCCCAAGUACUGGUAACUAUGAAUCCUACCACAGAGAUGCACAAUAUCAGUACAUUCAAUGGUAUGAGACUUUAAUUGCCUUACUUAUAGAUAACAUUUGUGGAUAUGAGCUUCAUAAUCUUUGAUUAGGUAUUUUUCUAAUUAAUGGAAUCUGAAAACAAGGGAUCUACUGUUACUAUCUUACACUGUAACAGGAUGUAGAUAAACAAGAGCCUGCAUUGUGACAUUGUUAUCGUAUUUAAUCGUUAUAACUACGGCAACUUCCUCAUCAGUGUACAAGUGUUUUACACUGAAGAGUCUAAAAUUAGCCGAGCUACUGUAAAGAUGCAUAUUAAAUCAUGUAGAGAGUUGUUUGUUUGUUUAAAACUUGAUGCAAACCGUACAGUUUUUAUGUGACACUUACUGACCUGUAUCAAACGAUGUUUACCUCGUCAAGGUCUUCUGUUUACUCCUUGUAUUUAUAUAUGUCAGAAGUUUUGGAUUAUAACAAAUUUAACAAAGUCACUUUAUCUGCCCCUAAUGAUUUAGUAGAACCAGAUUUUACUGUAACUAAAAGACUAUGCAUUAGGGCAUUUAGGACAACUUUUGUAGUAGUAUUUAUCAAAAUAUUUACUUAAGAAAGAAUCAUAAUAUACAGGGUGAUCCAAAAUAUCUGAUCUUUGAUCAAACUUAAUAAAUGGAAAUUUAUGUAAAUAUCUUUGCGUAGUAAUGCCCAUUUAUCAUGUAUGAAUUGAUUUUUGAAGGAUGAUGAAACUCCCACACUGCAUUAUAAAAUGUAAUAAAACAUUUCAAAAUUUCAAAAAAUGGCUUUGGCAUUUCUUCUGUAUAUGGUGCUGUGCAGUUUACCUAUUUUUAUUAUGCGAAAGAUCCCGGGGGUAUAUUGUUUUUGUCCUGUCUGUCUGUUUGUCUGUCUGUCUGUUGUCAACUUUAACCUUGCCCAUAACUUUUGAUUGGUUGGAGCUAUGACUUUCAUAUUUCACAUGUGUAUUUCUUGUGACAAGACCUUUCUUUGGGUACCAUCAUAUUUAACCUUUUGACCUUGACCUUGGAGUUUGACCCACUUUUGCAAAAUUUUAUGAGACUUUAACCUUGGCCAUAACUUCUGAACAGUUGGUGCUUGGGGUUUCAAACUUCACAUGUAUAUUCUUUGUGACAAGGCCUUCCUUUGGAUACCAACCACUUUGACCUUUUGACCUUGACCUUGGAUUUUGACCUACCUUUUGAAAAACUUUAACCUUGGCCACAACUUUUGAAUGGUUGGAGCUAGGACUUUCAUACUUCACAUAUGUAAUCCUUGUGACAUCACCUUCCUUUGGAUACCAACCACUUUGACCCUUUGACCUUGACAUAGGAGUUUGACCUACUUUUGAAAAACUUUAACCUUGGCCAUAACUUUUGAAUGGUUAAUGCUACGGCUUUCAUACUUCACAUAUGUAAUCCUUGUGACAAGACCUUCCUUUGGAUACUAACAACUUUGACCUUGACCUUGAUGUUUUAUUUACUUUUAAAAAACUUUAACCUUUGCCAUAAUUUUUGAACAGUUGCAGCUAGGGUUUUCAAAUUUCACAGGUAUAUUCCUUGAGACAAGACCUUCAUUUGGGUACCAACUUUUUUUAUCUUUUGGCCUGGAUUUUGACUUGCAUUUGAGAAACUUUAACCUUCACCAUAAGCUGCCAUACGAGGGCAUCAGCGUUUCACAAACACAUCUUGUUUAUUCUUGCUUUCCAGUAUAUCCAUGAAAUGAUUCAAUAUGUAUAUCAGUUUAAAAUGAUGUAUAAAUGAAAAAUGUAGUUUUAUGAUUGAUGAUAACUUUAUUGAGAAUGAAAGUACCAGUAGUAUCAUAUAUUUUGGAUCACCCUGAAUUUAAUACUGUGAAUAUAUGGAAAUUUUACUCAAAAAAUUAAUAAUAAGCCUUAAAAAUCAAUUAACUUUGUGACUUGUGUCAUAAUUAAUGGAUACAUGUACGUACAUGCAACCUGCUUCUCAAUCUAUACACAUGUAGACACUUAGACUGUGUUUCUGUAUAUUUUAAUUUUGGGGACUUCAUUAUUUGUCUACUGAUAUUACUUUAAGGUGAGCAACAUUUAUCAUCACUUGUUUAUAUUUCUCUCUUUCAAUUUUCGUUGAUUUUUAGGUUUAUAGUGUUUUUAAUAAUUACAUAAGAUGUAUAUGAUUGUAUGUUUUCUGUACUAGGGUUAGUUUUAUACUGAUCAGUAGGCACGUGCAUUUUACUGUAAUGUAUACUUAACUGCACUAGUGUUACUUUAAUCAUUUGUAGGAGAAAUAUUUUCUUUUUCAGUAUUAAUGCAUAUUUAUAAAAAUGUAAUAAAAUUUUGAAAUGCA